GCCACUUCCCCCACAUUCAGGCUCCUGCACCGAACAGCUUCACACCCAUCAUCUCAAGUUCCACGUAUCUGCUUCUCAACCUUUACGGGCCAGAUAUAUAUUCCAUUAUAUAUAGCUCUAUUCUUAUCCUUUCAACAACCCGUAACACCCUCUUCAAUUCGCAACCAUGGAUCAAGACCAGUUUGGCGGCCGCACCGACGAUGACCUGUUCUCUGACGACAUCGAGCCCGUGGAGGAAGAAGAGACGUUCGAUCUGCCAGAAGCUGCGCCAGUCCCUACUCACGAUCCUCCCGCGCAGCCCGAACCAACACCGGCGCCUGCGCCCAAAUCGCCUAAACCCCCUCCCAGCGUCUCAAGCGAUGCUCCCUCCACCCAAGAGACCACAACCACCGCGGCACCAGCCAACGCCCCGACCGCCCCAUCCGGCAAACAGCCACCCACCGGCCCGCGCGAAACCUCGGCGUCCUCCACAACCACCACCACCAACAGUAGCACGGCCGGUACCCCCCAGCCCGGCAACAACAACGGCGGCGGCGGCGGCAACACGGCCUCAGCCGUCUCGCACGCGCGGCUCAGCUCCGGCGCGAACCCACGCACCAAACUAACCGACACCGAGCUCGCCGCACGGAUGGAGCGGAUGCGUGUGGUGGCGGCGGAGAAGACGCGGCGGUUCGAGGAGGCGCAGCGCGACGAGUCGGAGCACGCCGUCGCCUACGCGCGCGGGAUGGAGGAGGCGCGCCGCCGCCGGGCCGAGGACGCCGCGCGCCGCAAGGCGGCCGAUGAAGAGCGUCGGAAGCUGGAUGAUGAGCGGGCGCGGAAUAGGGAGAGGAAGUUGAAGGCGAUGGAGAUGAAGGAGGGGGGGUGGGAUGAGGGGAAGGCGGAGCGGGAGGCGGAGGGGGGGAAGCGCGGGUUUAAGGGUGCCCAUGGGGGUGUUAGGGGUGCGAGGUCGGGUGCGCCGGGUGGUGGGGGCAGUGGUGGUGGUGGUGGGGGGCUGGGAGGGAGUCGGUUUGCGAACCCGAACCCGGGCCCGGUGGACGAGGCUGGGGAGUUUGAUGGGUUUGGGAUAAGGGGGAGGGGUGGCGGUUUCAGAGGCCGGGGUGGCAGGGGAAGAGGGGGGAGGGGAGGUGGCCGGGCGUUAUUUGACGAACGUGAGGGCGAGCAUAAUCGUGAUCAAGGUCGGCAGGGCGGGCCUGCUGCUUCGGCGCCACCUCCGCCGAAGAAGGCGGACUUGAAGAAGGAGGAUUUCCCUGCCUUGCCGUCAUCGGCGGCGGCCCCGAAGAAGGUCGACACGGCAUGGGUGCCGAAACCCGGUGCCACGGACUAUCCGGUCACGUCACCCCUGGGCAAGUGGGAUGAGGAGGUGGCUGCCACCCUCGAUGCCAAUCAAACCCCAUCAUAGGAGGUGUGGUGAGAGGCUCGUGGGCAGGCUUGCCGAGGAUUGAGGGACGAGGAACGGAAUAUGGCCGUAUACCCCUAAGCACCUAGCUAGUAGAUCGCCGUCCGAGUUGUUCCAGCGGUAGCAGCGAACGCAUUAGGCCGGUAAACCACCGGGGCAACAAACUGCUAUACCAAAUUGGAAGCGGAAUAUUAGUGCCUUGUUCAGAGUGGACGUCCUAACGUACGGG